AUGGGAAGAACCUGUUACAUGACCGAAGAGAUAGAAUGUAAGCUAACACAUACACAUGUAACAUGGACAAAAGCAAUGGUGAAACAAGGUUUUCCAAUAGGGAUGGAUAAUUUGCAAGACAGUGUUAAGAAAAUAGUAGACGAUUUAAAUGUAGAAACGCCUUUCAAGAACGGCAGACCUGGAAAAAGAUGGUACAACAGCUUUUUAAAACGUCUUCCUGAUCUUAUAACAAGACAGCCCCAAAAAUUGACUGCACGAAAAUUACUA